ACACGAGCGGAUUUCCUUCCACCUGCGCCGAGAUCUCGGAAGGAUCACACCGCAGAAGCUCCAGAAGCGAGGCCUCCCCACCCGAAUCGAAGCCGCCGCCGCCGCCUCGAGCUCCCGAGCCCACCCCCACACGCGAAGCUGGCGCGCGAGGCGGCCGACGCGAGCGCCCGCAAGCGCAAGGCGGCGGACGGCGGCGAGGUCCCCGACGCCGCCGACGCGGUGGCUCUGGCGCCGGCCCCGGAGGACGCGGCCAUGGGCGACGUCCCCCAGGCGCCGGACGCCGCGGGAGGGGAGGAUCCUAACCCUAACGCCAGCGGCGGCGGCGCGUGCUCGGACUCCGUGUCGGUGGAGCUGUCGAUGGGCGGUGACUACUACUACCGCGCCUGCUGCGGCGACGCCGACCUCGACAUCCCCGAGGGGCCCAAGCUGCCGUACGUUGGUGACAAGGAACCUCUCUCCUCUUUAGCAGCUGAGUUUCAGUCUGGCAGCCCUAUUUUACAGGAAAAAAUUAAGUUGCUUGGCGAACAAUAUGAUGCUUUAAGACGGACACGUGGAGAUGGAAACUGCUUUUAUCGAAGCUUUAUGUUUUCCUACUUGGAACACAUCCUAGAGACACAAGACAAAGCUGAGGUUGAUCGCAUAAUGACAAAAAUUGACCAAUGCAAGAAGACGCUCCUGUCUCUUGGAUAUAUUGAGUUCACUUUUGAGGAUUUCUUCUCUAUAUUCAUUGAGCUGCUGGAAAGUGUUCUGCAGGGACAUGAAACUUCUAUAGGGCCUGAAGAGCUUCUAGAAAGAACCAGGGAUGAAUCAGUUUCUGAUUAUGUUGUUAUGUUCUUUAGGUUUGUCACUUCUGGUGAAAUUCAAAGGAGGGCUGAGUUCUUUGAACCAUUCAUAUCUGGCUUGACAAAUUCAACUGUGGCUCAGUUCUGCAAGGCGUCUGUGGAGCCUAUGGGUGAGGAAAGUGAUCAUGUGCACAUAAUUGCCCUGUCAGAUGCAUUAGGUGUUCCAAUCCGUGUGAUGUACCUAGACCGGAGCUCUUGUGAUACUGGCAAUCUGAGUGUGAACCACCAUGAUUUCAUCCCUGCGGCUAAUUCUUCUGAGGGUGAUGCUACUAUGACAUCUACUCCUGCUGAUGAGAAACCUUACAUUACUUUGCUCUACCGGCCUGGUCACUAUGAUAUUCUCUACCCAAAGUGAAUUUUUCACAUGGCUAGUUUAGUCAUUUUCUACCUACUCCUUGCUUCAGUGUCAUGUGGUACAUCGUCUUUCCGCGAUGCAUGAAUGAUAGCGAAUUCUUCAAGUUUUAUACAGUGUUCUGAGAAGGCAUGUCUCAUCUUGCUCAGGAAAUUUCGGUGCUUUAUGGCUUUGUCAGUACUACCUGGUCCUACUUGAGGAAUACCUGGAGAUUCGUGAUAUUUCCUGAUGCAAUGGAUAUGGAUGUAAGAAUCAGGAUGCAAGGUUGAAAUUUCAUGUAAUGUGCCGUUUUUUAGACUAUUACAUUGUAUGUUCCUUUUUUUUAGCUUCCCAACGGGGCACAAGCCUAGUGAGAUCAACAAAGGCUCCACAUGCGUCGCAAAUCCCAUUGUGACUCCAUGUUUCCUA